UGGAAGUCACUCCUUUCCACAUGGAAUCAGAGCGAUUACUCAUAAUUACAGCUGUCUCGUGAAGUCAUUCUCUCCACAGACGUACAUUUUGUGCCAGUAUUUUACAGAGACAAGUUUCGAUACGAGCGAAAUUGGAUGGUUUCACCAGUUUGUAUAUAGAUAAAUAUCCGCAAGUACGAGGAGAGCGAGAAUGUUUACUUACGUCUUCAGUGUAAGUUUACUGAUACUCGGCGCAGUUCAGAGCCAAGAGAUCCCGAAACAGAAUGGUCAGACUCCCCAGGUUGCUGCUCAAGAGCCCGUUGUCCAACAGACCAUAACGGAAUGCACCAACUACCGACUCACUCUCGGUAGAUAUACCAACUAUUUCUACACCUGCUGCGGAAAGUGGAAGACCGACAAUCCAGUGGCUGGAACCGAGGAAUUUGUGGAAAACUGGGACUGUAACCCGAACCGAGUGUACAGCAAAGAGAACGAAACGAAAUUCAGCUGUAACGGCGAGAGCGGACAGGCUGCGGCACGAGGAAUUUGUAAUGCAAGAUGGGGGUGGCUCGCCACAGACAACUGCUGGGCUUGGCCAAGUUGUUUUGCCGGGGCAUGCGCAAAGGAGGCCAGCGAACCAGGGUCUGCCUCCUUAUUUGACGGGUUUUGUGGUGACGGUCGAUGCGACGCCGACGAGAGCGCGGACUCGUGCCCCAGCGACUGCUGCCCCGAGGUAAACCCCGACGAGUGCCUGAUCAAGAACAACACCUGCACCGAGGCGUGCUGCUCGGAGCCCACCUGCUGCUCCAGCUCCAUCUCCAACUUCUUCAGCAACUUCUGGAUCAUCGUCUUCAGCGUCAUUGGGGGCGUGUUCCUCCUCAUCAACAUCUGCUGUUGUUGCUGCUGUUACUGCCUCUUCCGGAGGUGUAAGGGGGUCAAGCGCGAGAAGAGGCACCCGACUACUGUGGAUCGCCAGGACACCACGAUGACGGUGCUUUCAGUCUAGCAUAGCAGCAAACCGAAUUGGACUGUCUGGUAUCCUGACAGCAAAGUCGUUGAUGUGGUUCGAGGGCCACAUCAUCUAUGCGUGUAACGUCACGAGGUUAUGUUUUUCCUUGUGAACGGUUGCAGAAUGGUGUCACUUUUAGUUUACUUGCUUGCUAGGGAGCCUCAGGCUGACAGCAACUGCGAUAUCAGCAACUCCGAUCUGGAAAAGGCUCUUUUAUCAUCUAAUUUCGAAAAAGUACACCAUAAACCCUCAAACUUUGGAACUGAAUUGGUCCGAUUCGAUGGCCUUGUCUCUGGCCACUUCGGUCAAGUCUGAGUCCUAAAUGACAUAAAGGAGAGGUCUAAGUCCGUAGGUCAGGUCCGAGUCAAAUUUCUGAGUCGUUCAUUGCUGUUAAUUACCUUUAAAUUGAACAGGAAAUGAGACCGAUAUUUCAGAACGUGAAGUAAUUUGAUGGAAUGAAUCACCUCUAGCGACACCUUCCAAGUUGACACGUAGAAGUGCUUUCAAAAGACGUAUUCAUUAUUUUAGUUACUUCACAUUAAACAUACUCUUGUUUUUUCCCUAAAUUAUCAGUAUGAGGUCUGAUAUAAAGUCUUGUUUUCGUUUGCAGUUUAAAAUAAAUCAGGGCAUCGACGGCAGUGUUUUACUUAUAUUUAACUUAAAUGUAAGAUUGACUUAACUUAGUCAUCGGAUAAUUUAUUUGUUCACGGGAGAUUAUGUGAGAUUUGGGCUUCGGGUAGUACUGCUAUGUGCAAAAGCGUAUUCUCACAUACAUCAAAGGAUGAACGUCUAGUGUGCUAGUAUGUUCAAAUGAAUUUUGCGGGUUCUAGUUUUAUAUGAAAUCGGCAAUAACAUAUUAUUAAAAGGUGGUGUUACCUUCCUAUUCUAGUUGAUACAAAAUAUUGAACGAUAUUUGCACCCCACUAAGGGCACGGUCAUGAUGAGGACUGGUGUGAUGGCUAUUCUUUACCAUACGGUUGUUAAACGAGCAGUCGUUCCUGUGUGAGCGGACGUGGGCGUGCAAGAGCCCUUCUUAAUUCGUUGACAUACCACGCCCCUAGAGGCUUCACCACUUUCAAGGUCUGUUAAGUAUUCACUGGGUUCGCAAUUCUAAGGGACUGGGUUUCGGUUUUUGAAUGGUUGUAAAGGUUAAUAGUAAGUGUCGUUUUGAAACUUUUUGAGAGGCAGUUCUUUUCUCAAACAACUAACAAGGUAACUGAGGGCAUUAAUUUCGUAAUUAAGUAUCUAAACAUUAUAAAUGGAAAUAUAUAUUUUCAGUGGCUUUGUAAAAACUGUUAAUUGAUAAAAUAUCCUCAUAUUUGGUUGUAAAAGCAUUAAAAUUCCCAAAUGAUGUACAUAUUAUUUUAUUUUAUUUGCAGAGGUGUAAAUAUUUUUUCAGGAAAAGAUGUAAUCUUUGUUCAGAAAGUAAUAUGCACUUGAAAUUUUUGCUGAGUGCAUUUUACUUAGCUCUUUAACCAGAAUAGCACUGCCGAAUAGGUGCACUUGUUAAGUAAAAUAAAAAGAAGUGUUCUGUUAUGUAUUGGAUCUGUCGUCAACAUUAUAAUGUUUACAUGCUGUAUUUGGGGGGAUUUUCACAGAAAAUCAUCAUUUGUGUAAAAAAAAAAAAGAAAAAAAAAGAUUAUACAUGUCUUGGAACUGUAGCUCUAAACCAUUCUGAUGUCACUAUUCUGGGGAUAAAUUUCAAGGAUACAACAUUGUCAUUUUUUUAAAAAUCUUGGUCGGAUGUGAUUUCACUUUGUUUACGCGCCUCUACAAUCAUAGGCAUUGUGACGGAAAACCAUUUGAGGAUAUGUUUGAUACAAGGACAUUAGUUUUUAGGGGCAAGAUUUCCACAGUUUUAAUGUACAUAACUUGUAACAGUCCAAAUAAAGAGAGCCACAAAAAUACGAAA